ACAAAUGAAUGUCACUAAAAUCAUAGCACCAACCUGCAGGGAAGACCCAAGAAAUAUACACUCUGGUAUUCCAGGUAAGAGCAGGAAGUGUGACAAAGAUGUUGUUGAACUACACUGUGCUACCGACAUUCCACCAAAAAUGAGAAGACUGCAGCCAUUUUACAUUUUAUCAAGUCAUGAGCAGAAAGAAGUAGAUCAAAUGAUGGCUACUGCACUAGACAAAAUAGCCGGUGACAGACAACUGUCUGAUUCAAACUUUCCAGGUGUGAUUACAGUACGUGACUUAGCAAAGCUUCAGCCAAACAAAUGGCUCAAUGACAAUCUCAUCAAUGCAGUAUCAUGUUUAUGGGAGACGGAUGCUUGCCGCGAGGGAAGAAAAGUCAAGAGCUUCAAUACCUACUUCUAUGUGAAGCUCGACAAUCAAGGUCCAGUUGCUGUAAGACAAUGGACAAUGAAACAGCUGAUAAAUAUUUUUCAUUAUGAUGUUCUGUUAAUUCCCAUGCACAUGCCUGUGAAGCAGCAUUGGUGUUAUACAGUAACAUUGACGAAAGAGAACUAUGUUGCUACAGAGUGGACUAACGAAGUUGUGAAAAAUGCUCCACGGCAACAAGACGGUUCAAGAUGUGGUGUCUACUGUCUGAUGUACAUGAGGAAUGAAGCACUUGGCAUUCACUAUAACAACUUUUGUGAGGUACACAGUGUAUAA